AUGGCUCUUGGUGUCGGAAGAGUAUACCCGAUGGCGCGAUGGCAUGCAGCAGACUCUUCUAUGCCCCGGGAUCCCCGGCGCUGGGACAUCGUGGAAGACCUCCUGGAGCAUGCCAAGAAGAGUUCCAACCAUGUCAUUGUUUACGCAUACUGCAGCUACAAACGCCAGCAUGAACAGACGUUCUCAAAUCUGAUAGCCACCCUUUUACGACAGUUUCUUCUUCAGCUACCCGCAGUCCCCGAUGAUUUUCGAAAGCUAUACGAGUGCCACACCAACGCUAGCUCCCGUCCGAAUAUUGAUAAGAAUGAGCUCCGCAGCCUCCUCUACUCUGCCACAGAGACAUGCGCCAAAGUCUUUAUCGUCAUCGAUGCCUUGGAUGAAUGUACAGACGAUGUUCGCGGCGAGUUGCUCUCCGAGCUUUUCGAACUACAAACAAAGUCCAACAUUGACGUCAGUUUCUUGGCUACGACACGCUACAUGAAGAACAUUCUCGAACAGUUCGAAGAUUGCACCGAGCUAGAGAUUCUAGCUAACGAGCCUGAUAUCGGUCAAUCCCUUGGUAGCCAAAUGCGCCGGUUGGCACCGUGUGUCGCCAGAAAUGCAGAAUUGCAGGAACUGAUUAAGACCCGCGUCAUCAGCGCUGCUGAGGGCAUGUUUCUCCUCGCGCAGCUUCAUUUUGAUUCACUUACCGACAAAACCACGCCUAAGAGUAUCAAAUCGGCACUGGAUAGCAUGCAAAUAGGAUCAGACGCACUCAACAAUGCCUAUAAAAACACAGUUGAGAGGAUUCAAGCUCAGCAAACUGGCUUUCGAGAUCUAGCCCACAAAGUCCUGUCUUGGAUCACUUAUGCUGUGAGGCCGUUAACAGUCAAGGAGCUUCAGCAUGCCUUGGCAGUCAGCCUCGGAGAUACAAAGAUCGACGAAGAGCAUAUCGAGGAUGAGGAGCCGAUGGUCUCUGUGUGCGCCGGUUUGGUAACCGUGGACGCUUCAGGUAAGAGUAAUGUCAUCAGAUUCGUCCACUAUACCACUCAAGCAUACUACGAAGAUGCUGGAAAAGAAUGGUUACCCAGUGUCCACUUUGACAUUGCAAGGAGCUGUAUAGCCUAUCUGUCUCUCGAAAACUUUUCAUUUGGCACGUGCUCCACAUAUGAACAGUUGAAAUCUCUGAUGACACAGAAUGCUUUCCUGGAAUAUGCGGCACAAAACUGGGGGUGGCACGUCUCUUACGUCGAAGCGCAGAUUAUCGAGGACGCAGAGUCGCCUCUUAUGCCAUUCCUAAUGAAAGAGGACAACAUCAAUUGUGCGGCUCAAGUUAGGCAAGGAGCCGUCUACUACAGAAAUGGUGUGAUGGUUCAACCGCGCGUGACGCCCCUUCAUCUUCUUACCUGUUUUGGGUUACGUGAGAGCAUCAACUUAUUUUUGAACAACAAUCAUCACCCGAACGACAGAAACGAAUUGGGUGAAACUCCACUCUCAUGGGCUGCAACAGAAGGGCAUGAGAUAGUCGUGAAGCUGUUACUAGACAGGGCGGAUGUUGAAACUGAUCCUAGAGAUCUAUUUGGUCAAACACCACUUUCAAAAGCUGCAAAACAUGAUAUUAAUGUCAAUUCUCUUGGCAAUUACGGUACACCACUUUCAGAGGCCGCCUUUAGGGGACAUGUGGAAGUUGUGGUGCUGUUGUUGACGAAUCCCGAUGUAGACGUCAACAUUCAAAAUUUCCAGGGCCAUACAGCCCUCUUUAGAGCUAUUAGAGGGGAAGCUAUAAUGGGGAACAACGAAGAUACUGUACGGUUGCUACUCACCCGAGGCGAUUUGGAUAUCAACUUAAGCGACGAGCUUGGUGAAACACCACUUAUACUUGCCAUGUAUCAUGGCCUUGAAGAUAUUGUACGGUUGCUACUCACACGAGAUGAUUUGGAUAUCAACUUUAGCGGGCAAGAAUUGUCAAGCACCGCUUAA